AUGUCAAAUCAGGAGCAAUUACGCAGUAAAAUGCUCUCACUUGCCGAUCUAGGCGCGCAAAAAGUGGUGAACCUAGUUGUCCAAUAUGCAUCAGCUGAGUCAAAACCGAUUGAUCUACUUACGUACAUGUCUAGUGGGAAGCGUGUGCUGUCGCUUACAGAGGAAUGCAUUACCUCUAUUAAAGCUCUUCUACAAUUCUUGUCGACGAUGCCAGACUCACAGAACAAGUCGGAUCACGCGUUCAUUCUGGCGUUACAGUCCUUUGCCCAAGUCCGUGCGGCGUAUUUGACAUCUUCUAUGGAGCCAAUAACUAGAGCGGUCGUUAAUUCAGCUAAUGCUGUGCAGCGCAUCUCAGUGGAUGCACCACGCGAAGCUCAUGCGGAAUAUCGUCGUGGCUCAGCUCCGUUUGCUGACUGGUUUAAGGCGAUGAUCAGCACAAUUCAAGCAGAACAAGAAGCAGCGACAAUGUUGUUCCAGGGUAUGAGCUGGAAGAAUAUGUACAGCAGCACAAUAUCAAACAUUCUUCAGCCUUUGCUCUCUAGCGUUCAUGACCAACUUCCGAUCAUCCUCCCCAGGCUUGAGCAUGGAUUAAAGGCUCAUCGCUUCCUCGUGCUCGACUUCCUUAGUGCAAGUCACGCUGUUCUCGGAUCUGACUGUCGAAAUUGGGAUUCUGCGCUACAAUACACCUCGUGUUCAUCAUCCGUUCUAACAAAUGCGGUUGUCUCGUCUCAAAAGACUGCUCUUCUUUUUUUCCCAGAGUUUCUUCGUGACAUCAAGGUUAUUCCUGUACAGCGCGAGCAUGAUGUGUUGCAGGUCGGCGUAAGUGGUAUUGCUCGCUUUGGUAUGAAGCUUUUCCAGGGCCUUUCCGAGUAUCCAGACGUGACUCUCAGGCUCAUGGGUCUACUUGGCUCGAAAAACUGGACUUCGGAUGCGAGUGGUGGUCAAGGACUUAUGGUACCACAAGACCUGUCUCCAGCGGAGAACCUUCAAGUUGAAUAUGCUCGUGACAUGUUGGCUUCCAUGACGUCAUCCAUUGAACGUACGUUGUGCUUUGCAUCUUACUCUUUUUAG